AUGCUGCGUCAGGUGCUCCACGCGGGGCUGAGGACCUCCUUCCACGCCCUGGGACGAUUCGUGGCCAGUCAUCCGGUGUUUUUCGCCUCGGGGCCGGUCCUGCUGGCGAUCCUGCUGGGGUCUAGCUUCAGUCGGUACCGGGUGGAGGAGGGCGUGGAGGGGCUGCUGGUGCCCAAGCACAGUUUAGCCAAAAUCGAGGGGAAUCUGGUGGAGAGUUUGUUUCCGAUCAACAGGUCCAAACAUGCGCUGUACUCGGAUCUGCAGACGCCGGGGAGGUACGGGCGCGUCAUCAUCACCACGAAGAAGGGCAGUGUGCUGGACCCUCUGCACAUGGACGCCAUACUCGAGCUUCAUCGUAGGAUCUCCCAGAUGCAGGUGACCGUCCCGGCUUCAGGCCUCAACAGCUUCAACUACACCUUCUCGUACCUCUGCCUGCGUGACGACAAAAACUUCUGCAUCAUCGACGACAUCAUCCGCGCCAUGGAGGAGAUCCAAUCAGCUCGCAGCUCCAACAGCACACUUCCUGUUCUACGCUACCCCAUCACCGAGCUAGCGGACGGACGGCAGGCGUACAUCGGGCACCAGCUGGGAGGAGUAACCAAUGGCGGGGCAGUCCAAGGUCUGGGGCUUAGAGGAGAAGGGGUGCGGUCAGCUAAGGCGCUCCAGCUCACGUACUACCUCCAAUCACAUGGCGGUUUGAUGGACAGGGUGGCCAGCCAAUGGGAGAAGGCGUUUUGCGAAGAGUUAAAGCAAUUCACAGACCUACAUCCUAAACUCACUGUGUACCCCUCCACUUCUUCAUCGCUAAGGACAGAUUUCCAGUUCUCGUCUGUGCUCGCACGGCACCCUCUCCUGGCCAGUCUGGGUGUGUGCGGAGUACUGGCGGUGCUGUGUUGUUCGAUGAGGGACUGUGUCAGAUCUAAACCCUGGUUAGGACUCCUGGCUCUGCUCUCCAUCACAUUAUCUGGUCUCACAGCGGCGGGGAUCCUCAACCUGACUGGAGCCACCUACAACUCCACCUACCUGGGCAUACCGUUUGUCAUGCUUGGUCACGGUCUCUUUGGCUCCUUCGAGAUGUUGUCGUCUUGGAGAAGGACCAGAGAGGAUCAGCACGUGAAGGAGCGCGUGGCCAGCGUGUUCGAAGACGUCAUGCUCCGCUUCUCCGGCUCCACCCUCAUCCACCUCCUCACUCUGGGCCUGGCCGCCUCCCCCCUCACCAACAUGGACGCCGUACGACUCUUCUGCCGCACCGCCACGCUCGCUGUGGCCGUCAGCUACAUCUACACGCUCUCGUUCUACAGCUCCUGCCUUGUGUUCACGGGUUAUCUCGAAACGGGGUAUAGACACGGUUGUUUUUGCAGAAGAGUACCCAAACAAGAUCGGCUAGACUCCAAACCAGCGUGGUAUCGGUAUCUCAUGUACACUCGCUACCAAGAUGAAACGCAAAACCCUCUGGACGGCCACCCCCAGGACUCCCACCUGUUACUGGGGUGCAUGCGGCGUUGCUAUGGAGACUGGAUUACAAAUACAUACGUCAAGCCGUUUGUGGUGCUGCUCUACCUGGUUUACAUUUCGUUCGGGUUAAUGGGAUUCCUACAGGUGUCCCAGGGCUCCGACCCCAGUGCGCUGGUUGCCACGGACACCGCCACUGUUUUGUACACCCGAGCUCAGCAGCGCUACUUCAGCUCCUACUCCCCCGUCAUCGGAUUCUACAUCUACGAGAGCGCCCCCUACUGGAACUCCUCCGUACAACACGACCUGCUCGAAUACGCUAAAGGCUUCCAGAGAAUCAGCUGGCUCGAAGCGUAUCUCAGUUAUCUAUCAGACCGCAACGAAACCACAAGUCAACCACGAGAGAACUUCACGCACACGUUACGCCACUAUUUCUUAAAAGAACCGGAGUUUGCGCAUUUCGCCGAUGAUAUCAUUUUCGCCGAACGUGGGCAAGGCGAGGAACCGGAUGUGGCUGCUUCCAGGAUUUUCCUCGUCGCGAAAACUACGGAAAACAAGCGCGAGGAGAUGUCAAUACUUCUGGACACGCUGCGCCGUCUUUCUCUAACGUCAAGAGUGCGAUUUCUGAUCUUUAACCCAUCUUUUGUUUAUCUGGAUCGCUACUCUACAGCCGUUAGCUCUCCUCUUAGACACUCCUUACUAGCUGUGAUUUUUUUACUAGCUCUUUCUUCGUUAGCGCUAGUUGAACCUUUAGUCGUAAUAUGGCUCGGGCUAACAAUUUUAUCAGUACAAUUCGGCGUGCUCGGAUUCAUGACGUUAUGGGGGGUGGAGAUGGACUGCAUGUCAAUUUUGUGCCUAAUCUCAGCUAUGGGGUACUCAGUGGACUGUAGCGCCCCCUUGCUGUGCUGUUUCGCAUCAGGACGAGGUGAAAGUAGAACUCGCUGGGUUAGAGUUGCCCUAGAAAGACACGGCAUCCCAAGUUUACAAACCCUAAUCUGCUAUAGCGCAUCUUUAAUCCCGCUCGGGUCUGUCCGUUCAAAUUUGACAAGCACACUUUUUCGUUGCCUGAUGAUUACCGCUUGCUGUUCGGCCUUGCACACUCUCGCCUUCUUGCCCACGCUUCUUACGUUCUUGCCCCCUUCCAAAAACAAACCAGGGCACCAUUCAGACUCCGAGGGGCACCACAGACAAGAGGUGGAGUGUGUGGAGAUGAAUGAUAGUACAAGAGUGGUCGACCAGAUUACUACAGUCUGA